UUUCUAUAGUUCUUUGAAAUAGACCCAAAUUUGACCCCAAUACACCUCCAAAGAUCAAAGCUUUCUCCCCGAAAAGAUUCAAAAGAUUCACCUGAUUUAAUAACAGAGGUGUUCUUGGGCUCGUGCAGAUAAUUGAAAACUAUCAAUUUGAGGGGAAAAGAAGAAUUUUGAGUUGUGGGGUUUAGGUUGGCGACUUUUGUUCUGAAUUUUUUUGGGGAGAUAAUACAGAACCUUGGAAAAAUGUUGUCAAGAUCGUAUACUAAUCUCUUAGAUUUGGCAUCCGGGAAUAUUCCGGUAAUGGGUAGAGAGAAGGAAAGGAGAAGGUUUCCUAGGGUCAUGACCGUGCCCGGAAGUAUAUGUGAGCUAGAUGAUGACCAGGCGCAUAGUGUUGCGUCGGAUAAUCCGUCUUCAAUAGCUGGUGAUAGGAUGAUAGUUGUGUCAAAUCAGUUGCCAUUGAAAGCUAAGCGAAGACCUGAUAAUAAAGGAUGGAGCUUUACUUGGAAUGAGGAUUCAUUGCUUCUGAGGCUUAAAGAUGGUUUGCCAGAAGAUAUGGAAGUGCAAUACGUUGGGUCACUGUGCGUUGAUGUUGAUCCAAUUGAACAAGAUGAUGUUGCCAAUUAUCUUUUGGAAAAAUUUAAAUGCGUGCCAACUUUUCUUCCGCCGAAUAUUGUGGAGAAGUAUUACAACGGUUUCUGCAAGAAGCAGUUGUGGCCGCUCUUUCACUACAUGCUGCCAUUUUCUGCUGAUAAUGGAGGGCGGUUUGAUCGUUCCAUGUGGGAAGCAUACGUGUCGGCCAACAAGAUAUUUUCGCAGAGAGUGAUUGAGGUGCUAAAUCCUGAGGAUGACUUUGUUUGGAUUCAUGAUUAUCAUUUAAUGGUGUUGCCCACUUUCUUGAGGAGGCGCUUUACUCGAUUGAGGAUGGGGUUCUUCCUCCACAGUCCAUUUCCUUCAUCAGAGAUAUACAGGACACUUCCUGUUAGAGAAGAGAUUCUUAAGGCUUUACUUAAUUGUGAUCUUAUUGGUUUUCAUACUUUUGACUAUGCCCGGCACUUCCUCUCUUGUUGUAGUCGCAUGAUGGGCUUGGAGUAUUUAUCAAAAAGGGGUUAUAUAGGGUUGGAUUACUUUGGUAGGACCGUUGGUAUUAAAAUCAUGCCCGUUGGAAUACAUAUGGGCCAUGUUGAAUCAGUGAUGAAACUUGCUGAUAAGGAGAUGAGGUAUGAAGAGCUGAAGAAGCAAUUUGAAGGGAAAACCGUGUUGCUUGGGGUCGAUGAUAUGGAUAUCUUCAAAGGCAUCAAUUUGAAAAUCCUAGCUAUGGAGAAUAUGCUCAAGCAACAUUCGAAAUGGCAAGGAAGGGCAGUGCUGGUUCAGAUUUUAAAUCCUGUUAGAGGAAGAGGGUUGGACUUGGAGCAAAUACAGGCUGAAAUACAGGAAAGCUGCAACAGGAUCAAUGAGAAAUUUGGAAAGCCUGGAUAUCAACCUGUUGUUCUAAUUGACAGGCCUGUGCCCAUCUCAGAGAGAAUGGCUUAUUACAGGAUUGCUGAGUGUGUUGUGGUUACUGCAGUAAGGGAUGGGAUGAACCUGACCCCAUAUGAAUACAUUGUUUGUAGACAGGGAAUACCUGGUGCAGAAGCAGGCUCAGAUUUGAGUGGAACCAAAAAGAGCAUGCUGGUUGUUUCAGAAUUCAUUGGGUGUUCUCCUUCCCUUAGUGGGGCAAUACGAGUCAACCCAUGGAAUGUUGAAGCAACUUCUGAGGCACUGAAUGAGGCUAUAUCAAUGUCUGACCAAGAGAAAGAACUGCGACAUGAGAAGCAUUAUCGUUAUGUAAGUACGCAUGAUGUGGCAUAUUGGGCAAGAAGCUUCCUGCAAGACUUGGAGAGGACAUGUGCCGAUCAUUUUAGGAAGAGAUCUUAUGGCAUAGGUUUGGGAUUCGGGUUCAGAGUUGUAGCUCUGGAUCCUAACUUUAGAAAGCUUUCAAUUGAUGAUAUUGUGUCAGAUUACACUAAGGCUCAGCAUAGGGCCAUAUUGUUGGACUAUGACGGGACUGUAAUGCCUCAAAAUUCCAUCAUCAAAACUCCAAACCCUGAAGUGCUCUCUAUCUUGAACACAAUCUGUGGGGAUCCAAAUAAUGUGGUCUUCAUAGUCAGCGGAAGGGGGAGGGACAGCUUAAGCAGAUGGUUUGAGCCUUGCAAACAGCUGGGACUUGCAGCUGAACAUGGCUACUUCUUAAGGUGGUCACAACAUAAAGACUGGGAGACCUGUGGUCAGAAUUCUGAAUUUGGAUGGAUGCAAAUUGCUGAACCUGUAAUGAAAUCGUAUACUGAGGCAACAGAUGGUUCUUGCAUUGAGAAGAAAGAAAGUGCUUUGGUCUGGCAGUAUGGGGAUGCAGACCCAGACUUUGGGUAUUCUCAGGCAAAGGAGAUGCUGGAUCAUCUUGAGAGCGUUUUAGCAAAUGAGCCUGUUUCUGUAAAGAGUGGCCAGCAUAUCGUAGAAGUCAAGCCACAGGGGGUCAGCAAAGGCUCAGUUGCAGAAAGAAUAUUUACAUCCAUGGCGGAGAAAGGGAAACAGGCUGAUUUUGUGCUUUGCAUUGGUGAUGACAGAUCUGAUGAGGAUAUGUUUGAAAUUAUAGGCACUGCAAUAUCAAGAAAUAUUCUUUCUUACAAAGCUGAAGUAUUUGCCUGCACAGUUGGACAAAAACCGAGUAAAGCGAAAUACUACUUGGAUGACCCAUCUGAGGUGAUAAACAUGCUUGACUCUCUUGCUGAUGCCACUCAUACUCCAGUUACCUCUGAAGAUGAAACAGAAGAUUCUUCCUGAAACAAAUCAUCAGGUUUCUUAUUGAUUUCUUCUACACAUGGAGUUCCUGAUUUGGUGGUGCAUGUAUGCUUAGAAGGGCAUUAGGUUUUAGAUUUAGGAAAUCAAGUCUAGUAGUCUUCCCUUUCUGCUUUGCGUUUAUUUACCUCUUGUCUCUAUUUCUUCAGUGCCUUCCAAGAUAGAUACCAAUCCAGUGAGGAGAAGGCAAAGUUUUGUUUGGUGCAGAAUUCUUUUUGGGGUGAAUCUAUUAGAAGUAGUUGGGAUCUUGGGAUGAAUUUAAUGACAGGAAGGUGUGAUUUUGUGAGGUUAGAUUUUAGUGCGAAACUGUGGACAGGAUUUUAAGCGUGUUCUUGGUGGUAAAUGACAAUAAUUGUGCAUUACUGAAUCUGGUAAUCAGAGAGAUUGAGGCUGUCGUAACUAACAUGGAUGAAGUUUGGCGCUAUUCCUCUUAAUUAAUGGAAGCAACAUAAUUUUGAAUUUCUGAAUAUUCCUUGGCAUCUUGUUGAGAAUAUAACAUGUUGUCUGCUUGAACUUCACAUGCCGUAGAUGAAAAGGAUCCUUUGGCACUUGUGAUACCAUUUGGGAGUUGAGGCUUGUUGCCCUCGUUGUAGACCUGAGAUUGUUUAUGGCCUCCAAAGGAGCAAAUUACCUAUGCAUGAAGGGUGACCUACUGAAUGAAGUCUGUCAAGGUCUGAAGCCAGAAAAUCAGUAUUAAAAUGUUAGAUCAAGGGAAUUUGUAUUUCUGCAUUUGUCCUGCUUGACUGGAGAAGAAGGCCGCAAUGUUCUUUUGGAUGGCAAUAUUUGUACUAAUGAAAGCAAUGUGGAUGCAAGAAUUAGAAUAAUCAUGACAAUAAUUCUGUUUGGCAGACAUAGUUCACCCUGGAUCUUAACUGUAGCAUUGGCUUGUCACCCUUUUGAAUUCUUUUCGAAAUAAACAUUGGUAUAUUGUUUAUACAUGUACAUAUUCUGGCAUGCUGUUGUCCUCUUGAAGUUGAACAUCCCAGUUCCAUAAAUCGGAUUGUUUGUUUUGUCAUAUCUAGUUAUUUAUGUUGGUCUUUCA